GGCGCGCGACCUCCGCACAGUGCCGCACGCUCCCGCCGCGACAACAUGUGCAGCGGCGCCGACGGAGCCCCCUGGCCGCUCGGCAAGGACGCGCCGGCCGUCACCGCCGCCGCGCUCGACCACUACCGCCUGCAGCUCUACAACUAUGCCGUGGCCGAGCGCCUGCGCCUCUACCCGCCCGGCGUGGCGCCCUGCUACGGGCCCUACGCGCCGCGCCUGGCGCUCUCCAUGUCGCUGCUGCAGCAGCGCGUGCUGCAGCCCGAGGAGCCCAAGCCGCAGCACAGCUACAUCGGCCUCAUCGCCAUGGCCAUCCUCAGCUCGCCAGAGCGCAAGCUCGUGCUCUCCGACAUCUACCAGCACAUCCUCGACAACUACCCGUACUUUCGCACGCGCGGGCCCGGCUGGCGGAACUCCAUCCGGCACAACCUGUCGCUGAACGACUGCUUCGUGAAGGCCGGCCGGUCGGCCAACGGCAAAGGCCACUACUGGGCGAUCCACCCGGCCAACAUCGAAGACUUCCGAAAGGGAGACUUCAGGAGACGCAAAGCGCAGAGAAAAGUGAGGAAGCACAUGGGUCUGGCGGUGGACGACGACGGCGAGGACUCACCAUCGCCGCCGCCGCAGUCGCCCCCGCCGACGGCUCUGCCGCUGCCGUUCUGGGGCGGCGGGCGCCUGCCGGGCGGCGCUCAGGCGCGGAAGAGGCAGUUCGACGUGGCAUCGCUGCUGGCGCCGGACGACGCGCCCGAGAAGCAGCGGCAGCGGCGCGACAGCAGCGGCGAGGAGGAGCCGGAGGAGGACAUCGACGUGGUGGCGAGCGACGCGGAGGAGCGGCCGGGCGAGGAGGAGGCGCGCGCGCCGCUGGCGCCGGCGGCGCAGUACCCGCUGCUGGGCGGCUGGUGGCCGGCGCUGGACCCGGCGCUGCUGCACCAGCUGCGCCGCCACUCCGCCGCCGCCGCCUCGCCGCCCAGCCCCGACCGCCAGCGCCCGCCCGACACCUAGGCUGACACCUGGCUCGGCCGAGAUGUAUAUAGCGCCCGUGAACGACCUUUCGAUGCUCGAUAAAAUAUCGCUGGACGAUUUUAACUGAACAUUACGUACCUAGUGAAAUACUCAAACGCUCUCUGUCUCCGCUUCUUCUCUCUACCUGAUUUCAUUCUUCGUUUCCCGCCGGUUGCACGCGCGUUGAACUCUUCCUUGUGCGUCGUGGUGCCGUGCGAUGCCUGUGUUAUUUCUGAACUGUUUUUCUCAAAGUCUAUAAGUGUAAAUUAUUGUAAAUGUUAUGUAUAUGUGGUAUGGCUACAUAAAACUAUAACUAGAAGUGGUGGUUCAUAGGAAAUUAUCAUGGAUACUGUCUAUAUAAAAGUUACAAGUCUGAAAACGACCAAUCGCCUGUAAAUUCUUAGAUCUAUGUGUAAAUAUAGUAAAAGUAUCUAAUCUUCGUUGUUAUCAGUAAUAUGUAAACAUACUGUUGUUAAUUUACUAGAAAGUAUUAAUGGAUUAUCGUAUAAACUAUGACA